UAUUUUUUUAAUAUAUAUAUAAAUAUAGCACGUACAAGAACAUGUAAUUGUAAUUUUAGAAAUUUUAAGAUCUGUACAUUUUUAUUUAAUUUUGGUUGUAACACUGCGCAUGCUGAGUACCAGCGGCCUCAUUGGAUGCAGCUCAGGUUGUUAUGAAAGAAGGAGGGAGCUGCGCUCUUUCACUUUCCUCGAUUGGCUCAGCUCUGCAAACCGGGGAAAGUUUGAACUGGCCUGGGUGUGUGUAACGCGCAGUUAAGUUACACAUUUCACGGCUGUUUACGAUUGUGUGGACGUUUCUUUUGGGCCCCAUUUGUGGUGAAUUUGAUGGAGUCUUGUGAGAAACGGUUGGCUGUUGACACAGGCAUGGCCGAGGUGGUGGUGUCGGAUUUGGAUUCGUAUGUUCACGUUGAGCUUGAAGUAGAAAACAACAAUUGCAACACCAGCUCCGACGAGGGACAGAGCGAGGCCCCCGUGACCCAAGCUCUGUUCCAGGACGUAGAGAAAGACAUGGACAGUGAAAGCAGUGGAGAUGACAGCGGUACAGACCCCUUUGGCACAGAGCAGUCGGGCACACAGCUGCAGAGAUGUGAACACAAAACAGAAUCAAACUCCAGUCUCCCAGACACUUUCCAGACUGGCCACCUGCUUUUCUACGAGAGGUUCAAGGCCUACCAAGACUACGUGCUGGGUGACUGUAAGCCAUCAGAGGUGAAGGCUUUCACAGCAGAUUAUCUUGAGAAGGUGGUGGAGCCAUGUGACUGGCAGGCCUUGUGGUGCACUGAUGUCUUUGAUGUUUUGGUGGAGGUUCAGGAUGUGGACUUCAAGGAGCUGAAGGCCGUGGUGCGCUUGCUGUUGCCUAUGCAAUGUGAGGCUAAAGGCUGUGAGCUGACAGAGGACAACAUUAGGUCUGUGCUGGAGGCCACUCAACACCAUGUCCCCCUGAAGGAGCUCCACGCAGUCUAUGACGAAUCCGGAGAGUUUGACCAGACAGCACUCGCUAUCGAACAUCUUAGAUUUUUAUACAAACACAUCUGGAGACAAUGGGACGAAGAGGAUGAAGACGAUGACUUUGACUACUUUGUCCGAUGUGUAGAACCUCGCCUUAGAUUGUAUUACGACAUCUUAGAGGACCGAGUGCCUGCAGGCUUGGUGGUGGAGUACCAGACAUUACUGGAUAACUGCUCCAAAGUCUUCGAGCAGUUCUCUGUCCUGCGCAGCGGCAUGUGCUGUGAUUCUGACUCUGAACUAGACAACGUGUCCAUGGUUGAAGGCCUCAAACUUUACGACCAACUUGAAACAUACAAACGCAAGCUGCACAUCAUUGAAAACCCUUUAUUACGAUAUGUUCUAGGGUAUAAAGGUAAUGCCAGGCAGCAGUGUGUACAGAGCCGUGGACCCAGAGAGUCUGGGUUGAAAGUGGUCCACGUGGUCACAUCCUCCUGCACUGCCGCCCAGCUCCAGUCCCUCCUCAAUGACCGACUGCUGCCCAUGUACUCUAAUGAUGACACAGAAAUAAAGUUUUACGGAGACCCAGUAUCAGCAGUGGAUUCUUGCCAUGAGGGUGAUGUGGUCAUAGUUCUACCAGGCAUCUUUAAUGUCACCAGCUCCAUCAACCUACCAGAUUCUAUCACAGUAGAAGGAUUUGGUCUUCCAGAUGAGGUGGUGAUUGAGAAGAAGGGCAAAGGGGACUCUUUUAUUGAAUCCACUGGAGCUGAUGUCAAAAUAUCCAACAUCAAGUUUAUCCAACAUGAUGCUAUUGAGGGAAUUCUGUGCGUGCGUCAGGGGAACCUCUACAUGGAGAACUGUGUGUUACAGUGUGAGACCACCGGAGUCAUCGUCAGGACAUCAGCCCACCUCACCAUGAACAUCUGUGACCUCUAUGGAUCCAAGGGAGCUGGCAUAGAGAUUUACCCUGGCAGUGUGUGCAGUCUGGUUGGAAAUGGCAUUCACCACUGCAAAGAUGGGAUCUUAAUAAAGGACUUUGCUGGUGAGCUUGAUGUGCUGCCGUCUAUUACCAUGGAAAACAAUGUAAUUCAUAACAAUGAGGGCUACGGAGUGAUACUGGUGAAACCCAGCACUGAGGAUCAAGCCGUUCCUCUUGAAAAGGCUGAAGAAAACCUCAUCAAACCAGCAGAGCAAACACCUGAAGAACUCGCCAAACCUCAAAUCAUCACCACCUUUGCGACUCCCCCGACCAAACCCACAUCAGAGGAUCAGGUGGGCGAUGGCAGCCACGGCACUGACAGUGACCUGGUCUCCGCCUCCGCCCGAAAGUGGCAGUUGUGUCGACAGCUGAGCCGAAGUAAAGAGGCCACGUGCAGUCGGCCUGUCCAGGAUCUACUCAGCCAUGAGAUCUUCGUGUCCAUUCAGGGAAACCAAUUCAGGCGUAACGGAAUGGGCGACUUUGGCACCUUCAUCUGCUGAACUGUUACUUCUCUCUUUACUUCCCCCUAGGUCUUUAACACAUACAGGUCGCUACUGCAGUUGUGACUAUAAUGUAUCCAAAGAGUAUUACUGCUUUGGACUGAGCCACGUCACUUAAUUCUAGCCAUAUUUUGCAGCUGCACACUGAACAUACUGGCCCAUAGACAUUGUGCAGUGAAUGGGCACUUUUGAAGUUGCACAAAUGCUUUUAUUUUAUUUAUUCCUAUGGGCUAACAAUAUGUCAGAUGUUUUUAAUUUUUUUUUUAUAACUUCAGAGAACACUUGUCACUUUGGAUUCAAAUUUUUGCUGUAAUAAAUGUUUGAGAGGUAAUGGGUUGUUCAAAUGUGCACUGAAAGUCGCAAUUGGAACAAGGUCACAUGAUUUGGAGUUUUUUGUUGUUGUUUUUCAUGUCACUGGUGUUUUUAAUGAAUUGUAAUGCAUUUUUAAAUUUGAUGUUCACAGGCCCAGAUAAAACUUAUCAACUUGAGAUUUUAUUUAAAAAAUGAUUUAAUCUUCUAUUUGUAAAAAUGUGAAAGAUUAAAAUACAGUUGAAAUCCCA